GCUAGAAACCAUGCGCCUAAUUAGCCAUUAGUAGUUGUACGCUGUUGUAUAUGUGGACGUCACUACGUGGUUUUAUAGUGGUACUAAUAUUCUUGCGUUUACUCAAAGGGGUUGUCUCGUCCUCGUCAGGGUCCGUCUCUUACCGUGUAACAGGAUCGCCACGCCCAUCCAGUUUACGGUAAAUACUUUUAACCAAUUGCGCACCAAAGCUAGUGAUCACGUGAGGUAAUUGCCUGGUAACGCGGCAAUGACGCACCGAUUUAGCAAACACGAGCAAGCAAAGUCCACUAUACGCCUGCAGUGCGUUAUAUAUAUCGGCUAGGAGAAUGACUAUCGAUCAUUUAUACUUACAAGAUCAAGCCAUGGCGGCUGCAGAAGGUAUUACUACUAAUGUGAAAAACGAAGCUGCGCUAUUAGAUCUUAUGAACAGAACUGGAUUUGCAAUCGUUCAGGAGAAUGGCCAAAGAAAGUAUGGUGGACCUCCGCCUGUUUGGGACGGACCACCACCGCCACGUGGAUGUGAAGUAUUCAUCGGUAAAAUUCCACGCGACUUGUUUGAAGAUGAGUUGGUUCCCGUCCUGGAAAAGGUGGGACAAAUAUAUGAAUUGCGGUUGAUGAUGGAUUUCAGUGGGUCCAACCGUGGCUACGCGUUUUGUAUGCUUACAAGCAAGGAAGAUGCCUCGACCGCAGUCAAGCAAUUGAACAAUUAUGAAAUACGUAAGGGUCGGUACCUUGGUGUGUGCCCGAGUAUUGAUAACUGCCGGUUGUUUGUUGGAGGUAUACCUAAAAACAAAAUGAAAGACGAAAUCCUUUCAGAGAUGAAAAAAGUGACGGACGGAGUUGUCGACGUUAUAGUCUAUCCGUCAGCUACAGACAAGUCAAAGAAUCGGGGUUUCGCUUUUGUUGAAUACGAUAGUCACCGUGCAGCCGCCAUGGCUAGAAGAAAGCUGAUACCCGGAAAAAUACAGCUCUGGGGUCACCAUAUCAUGGUAGAUUGGGCAGAGCCAGAAAGAGAAGUCGACGCAGAUGUUAUGGGUCAGGUGAAGGUUCUCUAUGUGAGGAACCUAAUGCUAAGCACGACGGAGGAGACGAUCCGAGAAGUGUUUGUGAAGCUGCGCGAGGGCAGUGUCGAACGUGUGAAGAAGAUGCGAGACUUCUCCUUCAUCCACUUUGCUACUAGAGAGGAUGCCUUGCAAGCGAUGGAGGUUAUGAACGGUGCGAUUCUAGAUGGAUCGAAGAUAGAGGUCACUCUAGCUAAGCCUCCAGACAAGUCCACCUAUUAUGCAUAUGGUUACCGUGGAGAUAGACCAAGUUAUCAACCACAGUUCACUGGUUACCAGCCAAUAUUUGACAGCAACCAGAUGGCAUAUACAGCCAACACCCCUGGAUUUUUUGUCACAACUCCUGCUGCUGGGCGAGGCGGAUCGCCACAGCAAACGAGAGGAAUAGCGCGAGGCAUGGUGCGUGGGAGGACCAACCGGGGAGCAGCCGGCCUACGAGGUGGAGGUCGUGCUUAUGUACCCUUGGGGAGGGGUGCUUAUGCAGGACAGAAGCACCCAACAGAGGGUGGCCGUUUGUAUGACCUCUUGCCUGGCAUGGAACUAACACCAAUUAACCCUUUGACACUGAAACCACAAAACAUCAAACCAGCUGGACAGGUACUAGAGGAAUUUUGCGUAAAAAAUAACUGGGGUUCCCCUCAGUUUAUGCUGUUUGCAGCUAACCACCCAGGUCCCAAUGGAGAUGUGCAACUAUAUCUAUUCAAGGUGAUUGUGCCAGGCAUAUCUCCACAGCCUUUUGAGUCAGCAAAACUUUGCAAGUCCAUUGACGAAGCAAAGACGUUCGCAUCGGAGUUCGUCCUGACGCAAUUAGGACUGACUGUCGAAGCGCACCCAGAGCUGUAUGGCGUGUAUGAGCAGCGUCCGGAGCAUUUGUACCAGUCCCAACCACAGCAGUUCUAACCCACACAUCGUCAUCGGCCGACUUCUGUGAUCAUUCUUAAAGCUUGCUUUGAUUUCUUGCAUGAAUUAAACAAAAUUAACUCAAAAGAUUUAACCUAAUAUAGUAAAGUUUUAAUCUGUCAAGCAUCAACUCCCCUUGGUAUCUUUCUGCAUUGAUUUGAAUGAGUGAGGGAGUGAGUUGAGGUGCAAUUAUUUACUUGCCAGAAGUUAAGUGCACUAAGUAACUCAAAAAUGUUAUCGGAUCUAUACUAAUCAUAUUUACUAGUCUGUCCUUUAUGGCUGAUGUUCCUUUGGUAACAGCAAUGUUGGAUUUGAAAUUAUGUUUAGUGGGGAUAGUAUUGUAUUGUGGUUAAAUUCACUGGCCUGUUGCACUUCCUUACUCUUACGGAGCUCUACCAGUACAUCUGAAAGAGGAACUCCUGAUAUUAAUAGCAGUUUACACAGGCUAUAUCGUGCUGCAUGCAUGGUCAUGUAUUAUAGCCAUAGAUGACAGACUUAUCUGUACCUGUACCCAUUCGUAGGUACCUCUGAUUGUUUAGUGUGUGAUAAGAUAUUCCGUGGGAAUGGGUGAGGUGACACCAGGCACAGCGACCACCGUGGAGCAGCGUGACUGCAUUCCGUCCAAAGUCCAUGUGCCAACCAUGGGCGAUGUUGAUAUAUGUGCCUUGAUAGGCUGGCAGUUCAUAAAAAUGUCAGUUGUGCCAAAGCUGUCAACUGCACCGAGUAGGCCACCCUUUGUAAACAGCCGAAGACAAAUGGGGCCGCAUAUAGCCAACUAAUGAUUUAAUAAUGUAUGAUUGAAUCAUUUAAAUAUGUAACGUCACUAUUCUUUAAGUUAAAUCAUAGGUUAUGUUAUUAUGGUGAUGGGGUGGUGUUGGAGCAGUAUGAUAUUUCUUUAAUUUCAUAUUUAAUCAGUAUAGUAUUGUUGUUACAAUAUUUUAAAGUUCGCAAUGUUUAAAUUGAAGAUUUAAAAAUUGAUGUUGUGUGUAGUUGUAACAAGCAGAUUUUUCAAAGAGAUGUUACCUGCAUUCGAAUUAGUAGAUAGAUUCUUGCAAACUAGUUCAAUUGAAUUCUUUUCUCAUUUCAACCAAACUGGGUUGAUCUAGGAUGUGGUUGAUUAUUGGAAAAAUACAGAAUGCAUUGUUUAUGGAACCGUUGGAAAAAAUUAAGCGUGGAAUAGUGACGUGAUCUUACAAGACUGGGUUGCAUUGAUUGAGAAAUGCAAUUGGAAUACGAAUGGAAAAAUCAUAUAGUAAGUGGAAAUCAUCCUGUUUGCCCCUGUCCCGCUACCAAAAUGUACUCCAGUGUUCCAGAGUGGAAAGGGAGUGUGGCAGAGGGUUUUAAGCAUAACUGUGAUGUGUCCGAGAGAUGUGGAGAGAGAGUCGAACCUGACCUAGUCAUUCCAAAUUGCUCGCGACACCUAGUCUACGCACACGCAUUUAGAUGGGAUCCUCCCGUCUAAAUGCGGUGGGUGGGAGUGACUGCGCAAGACUCUCCCACUGUUUGCUGUUUUUGUAUUGCACACACUAUCUACAGCACAUUGUUAACACCACCUUGGAGCUAGACUGGACCUUUGUCUGGCCGCUUUUACCGCAUUUCUCUGCCAAUUUGUAGUGUGGUGACUAUGAACGGUCAGGUUAUCUGCAGUCUAGUUUCUUUGUGAACUUUGAUACUCAUGCCAGAAGUUUAUUUUUGUGACUUUUCCCUUUCAUCAAGUUCUUGCCAAAAAAAUUGUUUGUUAAAUAUCACCUUAAAAUCUAAGUUGUGACUGAUGCAUUAUUGAUGAAACUGAACCAAGGCCUAAUAAUAGCAGUGGGUUUGUGACCUAGCAUCAUAGGGGGGUUUUCCUAUCCCUAUUUCUGAAAGUUGCAGGUUCACAUAAUCAAGUAUUGUGUUAAUGAGCAUUUUCACACGGGAUUCUUGUGUUCAGUUAUAAAAAUUCGACCAAUUAUUUGGAAAGCGUCAAAUAAUAGUUAUGCAAAGCCUAUUAGAUUGCGAGCUCAUGUUCUCACUUCCAUGAAUGGUGGCAGGGCUAGCAUUCAUGUUCUGCAGAAAACACUCAUUGCCUUGUGCAAAUGAAGAUUCUUUAGUUGUUUCAGUUUUUCCUAUUCCAGACAUACAUGAGCGUUUUGGACGGUCCAGGUUCAUAUGUCAGUAUUCGCCAUUGUUUGCAAAGUAUACAUUAACAAAAAUUCCAAAUUGUUUCUGAGAGGUGCUGCAAGAACCUAAUGGUAAUGCAUAACAGUUAUUAAAACGGAACCUCAAAGAUUUAUAAUUAAAACAUUGUUUUGUCUUUGUGAAGUGGUAAGAUUUAACAUCUACGAUGAGGUAAACGCAAUAAUAUUGAUAUCUGCUAGUUAGCACGUUACACCGCAAAGUGCAUGCAGGUCGUUUGGAAAUUUCUGCUAAUUGUGCAAUUAUAACAAAUUUCAUGUUAAAUUCACUUGUUAAGAUUUCAAAUGCAGUUUAGUAAAAUAUAACCUUACGUAAUAUAUAUUAUUUAGAUGCCAGUGCGUUUUGCUGUCAGAACAGAAUAUGAGGUAUUUGCUAAUGGUUUGUGAAGCAGCUUGCAUAGUACGUCUCACGCAUAUGAACAGCGCUGUAUGAUCCCUCGUUUUUCUAUUGAAAACAUGAACGGAAACUUGGCUUUGUGACUGCAUGAUCAAUCUUUACGUAUCUGCAACUGUGUUACGUUUAAGUUAACCUAAAUAGUACUUGUGUAAACCGUUUUCACUAAAGCUUGUGUGCAUGACCCUGUGAUUACAUGGGUUAUAGACAAUGCGUAAUUCGAUCUAGUGGUUAUCACAACUACCAAGCCCCAGGUUGCAGACGUUAUGUUCUAGACACUAUUAGUUAAUAACUACCAGCUAUGCGAAACUGGUUAGCUGCUUAUCUAUAGAUGAGGGUGUCCCUUUCGCUGUUCUGCCGUUUUUGUGUUAGAAAUGGAGGGUGAUAACCUAAAUACGAACAUUUAGUUUCAGAGGAACUAUAUACACGUGCUUUCGAAAUACCACUACAUUACACCUUUUGCUUGCAUUGCUUUAUCAUAUUUUAGAGCGUUUUAUUUCUUUUCUUUUUCGUUUAGUUUUACAAGCGUGCAUAAAGUGCAUACGUAGUUAAUGUUUUUAUUGAAGAUGAUUCCAAUUUGCUUACCAUGUCCUUAGUCGGUUUUGGUUCGUAUGCAUGCGACGGCAGUAGUGCAUAAUCUGGUUAAUAACUGUCAUAUGCUACUGAAGUAACUAUGUUCGAUUCAUCUGGCAUGCAUUCUGAAUCGGAGGUAGCGGGGCUGUGGAAUGGCUGUUAUAUUGUGUGCGCACUAAGCACGUAAUACGCACUUGCGGGACAUUUAUGGUAAUUUCCUCCGACAAUAUUUCUGACAUUUUUGGUAGCAGAUUCUUAUUCUUAACAGAAGGAUAUGUCGAGUAGGGAUUCCACAGUCCUGCGAGUCUUCUUAUAACCAAGUAUACUUACGUUGUGUAUAUGAUUCCAUAUGUACGUUUCACUUUUCUAUGACGUUUGGGACAACUACGAUUUUGGAAUUUUUACGUUUGCGUGCAUGUUUUAGAUAUACAUAGGUGUUUGAUACGACGAGUCACUCAUAUUUGGUUGCAAUUGAGGUCGGAUGUCCAGCGAAAGCUUGAUAUUUCCAUGACUUAUUAGCAUGUUUGGUUAACGGAAAUAAAUUUGAUUGAUUCCAAUUGUUUGUCUGUGUACAAUAUG